CUGAAGAUGGCUAAUUACACGCUGCCACCAGAGGAUGAGUAUGAUGUCCUCAUAGAGGACGAUCUGAAGGAUGACAAGACAGAGCUGUGUGACAGGUAUGACGCCCAGGUCCUCUCAGCCCAGCUGGUGCCACAGCUCUACUCGACCAUCUUCGUGGUUGGUCUUCUGGACAAUAUCCUGGUGGUGCUUAUCCUGGUUAAAUAUAAAGGACUCAAACACCUGGAAAAUAUCUACUCUCUAAAUUUGACACUUUUUAACUUCUGUUUCUUGCUUACCCUGCCAUUCUGGACUCACAGUGCUUCACAUGGAGGCAGUCUUGGCGAGCCCAUGUGUGCGAUUCUCAGUGAACUCUGCUCCAUAGGCCUAUAUGGUGAGGUGCUGUUCAGUGUCCUCCUUACUGUGCAAAAACACCCGGUGUUUUUCCACAUGAGAGACUGUUCCUCGGCCACCAGGACGGUGUCCCGCAGCAUCCUUAUGAGUGUCCUAGCGUGGGUAAUAGUCAUUCUGGCCACUUUACCUGAACUCGUGUUACAUAAACUUCAGACAGAAGGUCAGAAAUACCAGUGUGUCUUUAACACACCUCCCUUCCUGCCAGCCGAUGAGACACUGUGGAAGCAUUUUCUGACUCUAAAGAUGAACAUUUUGGUUCUUGUUGUCCCACUGUUUGUUUUUGUAUUUUGCUGCAUAUGCAUGAGAAAAACACUAAGUUUCAGGGAGAGGAGGUAUGGCCUUUCCAAGCUUGUUUUUGCCAUCAUGGUUGUCUUCCUUCUGAUGUGGGCACCCUACAAUGUUGCACUUUUCCUGUCCACUUUCCGAGAACACUUCUCCCUGCAUGACUGCAAGAGCAGCUACAACCUGGACAAAAGUGUGCAAAUAACGAAAAUCAUCGCCACCACUCACUGCUGUGUCAACCCUCUCCUCUGUGUGUUUCUGGACACGGCAUUUGGGAAAUACCUCUGCCACCUGUUCCAUCUGCGUCACAACACCCCUCUUCAACCCAGUGAGGAGUCUGCACAGGGUCCAUCAAGGGAAGAACAUGAGCACUCUUCCCAAUUGUAA